AUGAACGGUCGUUUCGAUCGGGUAUCUGAUUCGACUGCUGAUGUUAACAAGACGAUUUUUAGUCGUCAGUAUGUGCUUCACGGGUAUGUUGUAUUUGUUGAGUGUUCGCCUAAGUAUGAGCGAGGGGGCAGACGUAGGUUCACUCAGUUUCUCUCCCCUAUUCUCUUAUUCUCUCUCCCCAACUCUUUCCAGUUUUCUCUCACUCUCUGUAUCUAUCUACCUAUCUAUAUCAGGUCACAAAAUAUCUAUCUAUCUAUCUAUCUAUCUAUCUAUCUAAAUGUUACACAAAUAUUGGUGAAUCGCAACAUUUCAACAUUGGCAUAUCUAUCUAUCUAUCUAUCUAUCUCAUUCUGUUCAUAUCUGUCUAAUUAUCUAUCUAUCGAUUUAUCUAUCUAUAUAUCUAUCUCUGAAAUCUACCGAUAUAUCUCCCAUUUAUAUCUAUCUAUCUAUAUCUCAUUUCUAUCUAUCUAUCUAUCUAUCUAUCUAUAUCCCAUUUAUAUCUAUCUAUCUAUAUCCCAUUUAUAUCUAUCUAUCUAUCUAUCUAUCUCUGUACAUAUCCAUCUAACCAUCUCAUCUAUUUAUCUAUAUCCCAUCUUCAUCUAUCUAUCUAUCUAUCUAUCUAUAUCCCAUUUAUAUCUAUCUAUCUAUAUCCCAUUUAUAUCUAUCUAUCUAUCUAUCUAUCUAUCUAUCUAUCUAUCUUUCUCAGUACAUAUCCCAUCUAACCAUCACAUCUAUCCAUCUAUAUCCCAUCUACAUCUAUCUAUCUAUCUAUCUAUCUAUCUUUAUAUUUAUAUAUCUAUCUAUCUAUCUAUCUCAGUACAUAUCCCAUCUAACCAUCUCAUCUAUCUAUCUAUUUAUCUAUCUAUCUAUCUAUCUAUAUCCCAUUUAUAUCUAUCAAUCUAUCUCUCUAUCUAUCUAUAUCCCAUUUAUAUCUAUCUAUCUCAGUCAUGUCGGCUUAUCGAAAACGUUCUAUCUAUCUAUCUAUCUAUCUAUCUAUCUAUCUAUCUAUCUAUCUCAAUACCUAUCUAUCUAUCUAUCUAUCUAUUCAAUUAUCUAUCUAAAUACAUAUCUAUGUCAAUACCUACCUAUCUUAAUACAUAUCUAUCUAUAUUACUACAUAUCUAUCUCUCCAUUUUAAUAUCUAUCUAUCUAUCUAUCUAUCUAUCUCUAUAUCUCUAUUUUAAUACCUAUCUAUCUAUCUAUCUAUCUAUCUCUCGAUAUCUAUUUAUCUUAUUACUUAACUAUUUAAUUAUCUAUCUCUCUCUCCAUUUUAAUAUCUAUCUAUCUAUCUAUUUUAAUAUCUAUCUAUCUAUCUAUCUAUCUAUAUUAAUAUAUAUCUAUCCUUCUUUCUUAAUAUGUACCUUUCUUCCUUAA